AUGCAUGAUCAUUUGCUGCACUUGAGACAAGUCUUUGAGGUGUUGAGAAAAGAGCACUUGUAUGCCAAUUUUAAGAAAUGCACUUUCUGUAUGGACAAAGUUAUUUUCUUAGGAUUUGUGGUCAGUGGCAAGAGAAUUGAGGUUGAUGAGGACAAGCUAAGAGCCAUUAGAAAGUGGCCUACACCUAAGUCCAUGAGUGAUGUGAGGAGCUUCCAUGGGUUAGCUAGUUUUUAUAGGAGAUUUGUAAAGGACUUUAGUACCAUAGCCGCACCCUUGAAUGAAGUUGUAAAAAAGAAUGUGGGAUUCAAGUGGGGGGAAGAACAAGAGCAUGCAUUUAAUUCACUUAAGGAGAAAUUAUGUUCUGCACCUUUACUUGCUUUACCUGAUUUUUCUAAAACUUUUGAGAUUGAAUGUGAUGCCUCUGGAGUGGGUAUUGGAGCUGUUUUGAAGUAG